UUUCUCUCACAGCUAGCUCAUCCAUUCUUCUUAAACCUUGAAUAAUUUCUGCAUUCUUUAGUUAAGCUAAUGGCUUCUAAGGCAAUAGACAGCCACCGAGAGGGAGCUGAGGUGUUCCACGGCGAUGAAAUCUGCAGGAAGAAGUCGAUCGAAUUGCUCGAAGAGCUCUGCCUUCCAAAGGGUCUCUUUCCCUUGGAAGACAUUGAGGAAUUCGGCUAUAACCGUGCUUCUGGCUUCAUUUGGCUGAUCCAAAAGAAGAAGAAGGAUCAUGUGUUCAAGCAGAUCAAAAGAGCUGUGUCUUAUGCUCCAGAAGUGACUGCCUUUGUUGAGAAGUAUAAGUUGAAGAAGAUGACUGGUGUUAAGACAAAGGA